UUUUUUUUACUUUCUUUUUUUUCUUUUUCUUUUGACUUCUACGUUAGUAUUUAUUUAUUUAUUUUAAUGUCCAAACAACUAGACUAUAGUUAUGAACCUUCACGACAAGACCUCAAGUUAGAAAUUCGCAAAGACAAACCAUUCAAUGCAGAACCAACUCCUCCUGAUCUUGUUAAAGCAUAUAUUACACCUUUAGAACAUUUUUUUUGUCGUUCUCAUGGACCAUUACCAAAGUUAGACGAUCACCAUGUCAUUAGCAUUCAAGGCAUUGGAUUAGAAACUGCACAACAAUUCACUGUGGAACAGCUCAAACAACAAUUCAAGAAAAAGACUAUAGUAAUGGCAAUGCAGUGCGCUGGUAAUCGACGAGAUGGAUUACAUAAGGUGAAAGAUACAAAAGGGGUAAUUUGGGGUCCAGGUGCAAUUGGGAAUGGGUCUUAUGCUGGUUGCCGAUUGAAAGAUGUUCUUGGUUCUAUUGGAAUUAAUUGCCAGUUACCUGAUAUUGGAUCACUUCAUGUUGCAUUUGAAUCAGUAGAACAGUGUGAAGAAGAUAGAUGUUAUGGGUCCUCAAUUCCUUUAUCCAAAGCAUUAGAUGAAUUUGGUGAUGUAUUAUUGGCUUAUGAGAUGAAUGACGCACCAUUGACGCAAGAUCACGGCGCUCCUAUUAGGGUUGUUGUUCCAGGUUAUAUUGGAGCAAGAUCUGUCAAAUUUUUAAAGUCCAUUAUCAUUCAAAAUCAAGAAUCAUCUUCUUACUUUCAACAAAGGGAUUACAAAAUACUACCUUCUCAUAUUGAAACAGAACAACAAGCAGCUGAAUAUUGGUGUAAGGUACCUUCUAUUGGUGAAUUCAAUGUCCAAUCUUAUGUAUGUGAUCCUGCUGAUGGUCAAGUUGAAUCCAAUUGUCGUCAAGCCAGAGUUUCUGGAUAUGCACUUUCUGGUGGUGGUCGUGGAAUCCAACGCGUCGAUGUCUCUGGGGAUGAUGGUAAAACUUGGAAAGAAGCUAUCUUAUAUCAACCAAAAACAGAUUCUACUACAACCAAUAUGUGGGGAUGGUGUCUUUGGACUGUUGAAAUUAACGUGAAAAGAAAUACACGUAUUGUUAGUCGUGCAGUGGAUACAUCAGGUAAUAUUCAACAAGAAUAUCCAGUGUGGAAUUAUCGUGGCGUGAUGAACAACUCUUGGCGUACAAUUGAUAGAAGAGACAAAAACAAUGCAGUUUUAUAGAUACUUUUAUAUCAACUAUUUAUUUUUACCCUAAAUUAUGAUAAUAAACUGAUGUCGCUCUUUUAAAACUUGA